ACUCGGGGCGUGGGCACUUGGAUUUAGCGCUGGCUCCUGCAUGGAAAAGUACUGUGAGAGCUGUUUGUAUGCCUGAUGGAUAAGAGCAAAGUGUAUGGUUCAAAAAGCUGGUUUUUCUCUGGGCUGUUUGCCACGGUGGAAUGAGGUUGGAGCUGCGGGAAGAAGCCGCGUCUGGAGUCAGUCGCAGCACUGCCCGUGGGACGAGCGAAGUUGCUGUGUUAAUGGCUUGCAGGGACAGCAGUGCUUGCAGUUGGACUAUGGCUUCACUUUGAUUCACAAACCAAAAGCGUCCUUGAACUGGAAUCUGACACGAAGUUUUAUACAGGUGUUUACAUCCUUAUUGGAGCUGGUGCCCUUAUGAUGCUGGUUGGUUUCUUGGGUUGCUGUGGUGCAUCACAGGAAUCUCAGUGUAUGCUUGGCCUGUUCUUCUUCUUCCUUUUUGUGAUUUUUGCCCUUGAAAUUGCUGCUGGGAUCUGGGGAUUUUCAAAUAAAGAAAAGAUUAUUGAUGAGUUAAAGGAGUUCUACAUGGACACCUACAGAAAGAGAGCUCAGACAAGUGCCAGAGACACCCUGAAAGCAUUUCAGUUCACUCUAAACUGCUGUGGCCUUACUGGAGCUGUGGAGCAGCAGUAUAUGGAUACCUGUCCAGCAAAGACAUUGUCUGAGUCAUUUUCUAUCAAGUCCUGCCCUGAUGCCAUUGAUGAUGUCUUCAAAUCCAAAUUCAACAUCAUUGGAGCAGUUGGCCUUGGCAUUGCUGUGAUGAUGAUUGUUGGCAUGAUAUUCAGUAUGGUUCUGUGCUGUGCCAUCCGCAGGGAAAGAGAGAUGGUCUGAGAGCUGCAAACCCAAGAUUCCUGCACUAUAAAAAUCUUCGCCAUUAACUUUUGUGUUCUGAGAGCAUUUCUAAAAUGUUAUAUAUUUGUUACCUUUUUAAUGCUUUAUUUGGUACUGAUGUAGGUCAGCUUUUUAUAUUACAGGUUAAAACUAUAAAGGUUUAUCUGACUGAAGACAAACAUUGUACAUAAAAUAUCUGACUUUCUUGAAACUUACAUAAUUUGGAUGUAAUUUAUGUUGGAGACAAUUUGAUACUUAUUAAUAAAGAGUAAGAUGUAUUGUUUGUGGGGAA